GGUAAGGUCUGUGUACACACUACCCUCCCCAGACCCCUUACUUCUAGGAUUUUACUGGGUUGUUGUUGUUGAAAAGCAAUUAUAGCCUUUGCUUGGAAAUGUUAAAUUGCAAUUUUAGGAGAUGCUGGACCAAGGAACUCUUUGUCUGAGACUUAGUAUUUACCAUUGUUGCACUAUCUUUGGAUUGAAAAUUGGGGUCUUGGAUUUUAGUUAUUGGCAUCAUUAGUGUAGUUUCUGUGCUGUAUUAGAUGAAUGGAUAUACUGCUAUUGUACUGCCUAGCUUUUGCUUUCUUUUGUGAUCUCGUCACUGAGCUUGACUAAUAAAAAGUUCCUUAUGCAGAAAGACGGUAAUCAUUGAGAAAAUAUGUAGUGGUAAUGCAAUGUAGAAAUUUGUCAAUAAUAAUAAUAAUAAUAAUGCUGUAUAGAAGCAGAAACAAAUGUUGUCAAAUUGUUUUAAAGUUGAUUUAAAGAGAAAACUGAUUGUGCUAGGAGUAAUUUUAAAGUUGUAGUCUUUGUCAAAUAGUGUGCGGGGAAGCUCUUAGUUGACAAUUUUCUUUUGAGUUCCAAGAAGGUAAGUGAAAAUUCUUAUCCUUUUUGCCUCCUGAAGAAAGUGCUUGUUUUGGAAUAGUGUUUUGAUGUAGUUUUUCAUGGUUACCUUGUAAUGCAGACAAAGAUGAAACCGGAUAAUCACACAGCUAAAGAAGAAGGCAGGGAUGAAACACUUGGCAUUAUGGAGCUAGAUAAGAAAGAGCAUAUUGGUGGCCAAAAUGAGUACGGGAGUAAAAGUCAGAAGCAGCACCUAAAAACACACACAUUGAAGAUGGUUUGUAUAUUUCUGAUUCAGUAGAUUGUGUCCCAGAAGCAACUCAUUCUGAUUCCGAGGAAAGAGUCGCAAGUCCUGUCAAUUGCAGUACUGAAACCUCUGAAAUACAUGCUUCUGCGGAAACUAGUUGCAGUGGGUCAAUUGGCCUUUCAUUUGCUUCCGACGGGAUUGCAGAAAGAAUUCCAUCUGAUAUGGAUGAUAGUUCAUCGAUGUGUUCCACAGAGUCAGUGUCUUUCAGAGAGACUUAUUCAAACCAUAACAGCCAAAAGUCGUAUGGCAGAGGGUGGAAAUAUGGAAGCAAGUCAACUAGUACUGCAGCUGAUUUGGCAUGUGCAACACUUAAUCAGCCAUUAGAUGCUCUUACAAUAGGAGAAUGCCACGAGGAUCGAAAAUCAAAACCUCUGAUCCAAGUGCAAUAUUCAACCUAUAGGGGACGCCAGGCAAUAACCUUUCCAGAAACUACUGUGAAAGCUUUGUCCCCGAUUGUAAGCUCUCUUUGAUAGGGAAUUUCUUCCAAAGGAAGCCACGAAUCAAAGAAAUUCGAGCUGAUUUCAUUGCAAAGAACCCUCUGAAAGGCCAAGUGAAAAUUACACAUUACACUUCUCAACAAGUAUCUCUUGAUUUCACCAAUGAAGCGGAUUAUGACACUGUUUUGUCCAAGAAAACGCUCAUUGUUGCUGGCGCUGUCAUGCAGAUUUCCUGGUGGUCGCGAGAUAUCCACCAUGAAGUAGGUAAACAGGAGCAGAAAGCAAUGGAUAAGGAGAGGGGUGUUAUGGAGCUACAGAAGACUGAACGAGAUGAGCUUAUUGGUGGUGAAAAUGAGUACAAGACUGAGGCGGCAGAAGCAGUACUUGAAAAGCCAGACAUACUUGAAGAGGUUUCAGAUGUUUCUAAUUCGCUACAUGUCGUUCCAGAAGUAGCUCAUCCUGAUUUCGGAGACAGUGAUGCAAGUCCUGUUAAUUGUGAUACAGGCACCUCUAAAAUGCAUCCUUCUAUAGGAACUACUUGCUGCAGGUUAAGUGGCCUUUCAGCUCCACAGAAUAUGAUUGAUGGAACAAGUCCUUAUGUUAUGAACGUUAAUUCAUCAACGUGCUCCACAUACACGAUUCCUCCGGUUGUUACAACUGGACUAUCUUCGAACCAUAAAGAUCAAAGCAAGUCAACUAGUGAUGUAGCUGAUUCCGCUAGCAAAGCACAUAGUCAGCUGUUAGAUGAUCUUCCAGAUGCUCGGCAGCAAGUGUUGAAGAAGGAAGUAGCAAUUUCGCAUCGGAGCGAGCUGACUGAGGCUGAUAGAGAAAAACCUUCCUUGGAGAUGCCAAGUGUAAGUUCUCCUAGAAACCCUCCAAGAAGUAUAGGCUCGGCCAUUCAGUCGAUGUCCAAGUUGAAGGUCUCAGUUAAAAAUGACCUUAUCUCAGUUAAGAGAUCGAUCUCAGAUAACUUCAACCUGACUCAGAAAUCAGUUCCCUUGUUUAAUUCAGCUGAAACUGCUGUGUUAUUGAAUGCUGAUCCUCAUAAAGCCUUAGAGCCAAAAGACAUGGAGAAUCCCUUAGUGCAGUCAGUUGCAAUUACAUCUGAGAAUUUCCUGUCUCAUCAAGUGACUGCCCCUGCUACAGCUGAAAAGCCCAUGGCCGUGGAAGCACCUUUCCCAGCCCUAGCCAAGCGUUGGAUCAGCACACCCUUGCUCAGCAGCAUAACCAGCUCAAUUCGUAUAAAGUAGACAGGGAUAUGCACUUGGAUCGAGAACCAAAUAUGACUCUCGGGCCAACACAACUACAACCACCAUCGACGACCUCAGUAAGGGACACUACUAGCUCAAUCCGAUACGGGGAAUGUCUCAAGAAUCAUGCUGCAAGUAUGGGAGGGCAUGCUGUCGAUGGAUGUGGAGAAUUCAUGCCUAGUGAAGGACAAGGGACCCCAGGAGCCCUGAAAUGUGCAGCUUGUAAUUGCCACAGAAAUUUUCACAAGAAAGAAAUCGUCAACCACCGACAGAUGGCCGGCGUUGGGUCACAUAUUGAACCGAGAAAUAAUAGCAGUAGCGGCUAUAUACACAACCAAGCCCCGAUUUCUCAGCAGUACCAGCAUAAUUCAGUGUUUACUCUUCAGAUUCAUAUCCUCAACUACCUUUACCGAUCUCUGGCCCGGUAUGUUUUCCACAGGGCUUGGAAAGAAUAGAACCUAGUCUAAUUAGACCAAGCUAUUCAUAUGAAAUGGUGAAUCAUGAUACCAUGCAGAAUGGACAGCAAUGGGAGUAUUCCUGGAGGGACAGAAGCAGGAAUACAUCGAUAGAUCAUGCUUCUAUACGAAAUGAGAAUAGGAAUUUUGAUAUGUUCAAGCCUUUAAACUACAGAACCCCUGAUCACAUUCCCUCUGAGUACCAGAGUGUAUUUGCCAAUGAAUUUCCACAUCUUGAUAUCAUUGACAACUUGCUACAUGAUGAGCAUGGAACGCGAAGGACUUUGACGCCCAACUCAGGCUUUCAGAGUUUGAGCAAUGGAUCACACCAUUUGAAGACAAAAAGUUCCUACAAGCGUGAGCGUAAUUCCUUUGGUCUUUAGGUUUAGAGUGCUUCUGCCUUUUCUCAUUAGUCGUUUCAUUCCUUAUUGUUGUAGAGAUGUGGCUUUGCCAUCUCCCCUGAACUGGGAUUUUGAUGUUUUAAGAAUUUUGGCAUUUUCGCGGUGUUAUAUGAUGGCAGCAGUGUUUUCUCAUCGUUA